AGCUUAGUAUGGCUCAAAGUCUUUAACAUUGAGAUAGGGAAGGCUCGGCAUGCUCGUAGGCCGGGGGCUGACCUGCAGCCGCCGAGCCAUGGCCAGAUCAUGUGCUGGCCUAGCCGCAUCGAAGGAGGCGAUGGACAAGGCUGAGGAGAUGAUUGCUCGGACCAGCUCUUUGUUUAUCGACAACAAGUACGUGGAGGCGGAAGGUGGGCAUCGCCUGCCUGUUCUAUCACCCGCAGAUGGCAAGCCCUUUGCCAGCGUCGCACAUGCAUCAGCCCAAGAUGUAGAUCGCGCAGUUCGAUCUUCGAGGCGAUGUUUUGACAGCGAUGGCUGGCCUCAGCUGGAUCCGGAGGCUAGAGCUACGAUCCUAAAGCGGGUCGCGGCAUCUCUGAGAACCGCAGAGGUUUGUGAUGCCCUGUGCGUGAUAGAAAGCCGAGACUGCGGCAAGCCGUUUGCAGAAAGUCAAGGGGAUAUGGGCGUUUGUGCUGACACCUUUGACUAUUAUGCUGAGGUCACGCCGCAUGAGAUGAAGGCCAAGGCGAUAGCUCUGAGAGAUGGAGAUGCAGCUGAUUUUGCUGCCAGGACAGAGAUUGAGCCUCUUGGCGUGGUGGGGUGCAUCACACCCUGGAACUUUCCACUGAUGCAAGCAGUUCUCAAGGUUGCUCCCGCUCUUGCUGCUGGCUGUGCCGUCAUCUUGAAGCCAUCUCCCCUGGCCUCUCUCACUUGUUGUGCACUGGGCGAGCUAGUAGCAGCAGCGGGUGCCCCACCAGGAGCUUUGAACGUCAUCACGGGAGGUCCACCCGAAGCCCUUGAGGGUGGAGGAAGCACUGGGCAGUACCUCAUCGACCAUGCUUCCCUAGACAAGGUGUCGUUUACCGGCAGCGGUAUGGCUGGACAGAAGAUGCUGGAGGCUUCCGCGUCCAAAUUGCGCCCUACAUGCUUGGAGCUUGGCGGGAAAUCCGCCUUCGUCAUCUUUGAGGACGCAGGGGAAUAUUUGGAUGCUGUUGUGGACUGGGUCCUGGUUGGCAUUUUCCAAUGCACUGGCCAAGUGUGCUCUGCAACCAGCCGUGUGCUGAUUCAUGAGAGUCUCGAGAGCAAGUUGGUGGAGCGAUUGGUUGAUGCCAUCAGGAAGAUCAAAGUGGGCCAUCCCUUGGCCCAAGACACGCUGAUGGGCCCCCUGGUGUCGGAGGGCCAAAAGCAGAAGGUGGUGAACAUGAUCGAGCAGGCUGAAGCUGGUGGGGGUAAGAGGCAUUCGGUUUCCUUGGAGCUAUCCUCGGAUUUGCAGCAAGGCUACUAUGUGCCACCCACCAUCUUAUCCAGCUUGCCCGAAGGCUCUUCGGCAUGGAAGCAGGAAAUCUUCGGCCCAGUGCUUGCAAUCAGGUCCUUCCGAACAGAGGAGGAGGCUGUGCAGCUGGCGAACGACACUCCGUAUGGACUUGCCAAUGCAGUUUACUCAGUGGACCCAGCUCGCCGAGCUCGCGUAGUUUCGCGACUCAAAUCUGGGAUCGUUUGGGAGAAUUGCUCGCAGGUCUUAUUUCCAUCCACACCUUUCGGCGGACGACAGGGCAAAGCCAGCGGCUUUGGCUUCGAGCAGGGCUUGGCAGGAUUGAAGGAGUUUGUGUGCGAGAAGACUGUGGUGGGAACCAGCAGGCCGAGCUUCAGCUGGGAAGUUUACAAAGGCUGAAGACGCGCGGUUCCGCUCUUGUUG